UGAGUUGUUUGGAUGUUCAAGAUCAUGUUCUCUGCUCCAGGUUUCUUCUGGCUUCAGGGGCAAACGUGAAUGCUGCUAAACUUCAUGAGACAGCCCUGCACCAUGCAGCCAAGGUGAAGAACGUGGACCUGGUGGAGAUGCUGAUUGAAUUUGGGGGGAACAUUUAUGCAAGGGACAACCGAGGGAAGAAGCCGUCGGAUUACACCUGGAGCAGCAGCCCCACAGCCAAGUGCUUGGAGUACUAUGAGAAGACCCCCCUGAGCCUGUCCCAGCUCUGCAGGGUGACGGUGAGGAAGGCGGCGGGGCAGCGGGCGCUGGAGAAGAUCUCCAAGCUCAACAUCCCCCCCAGACUGAUCCAGUACCUGUCCUACAACUGA